UAUGAUAUAUUUGAAAACGGUAAUGGAUUCAGCCAUACUAAAUUAGGGAAAUACCAAUAGUUUGGUACUUAGGACAAAAAAUGUUGCCCUGUGCUAUUGAUCAUUCGAACACGUUUCUAUAUGAACAAUUUGAACUUUCAGUGGAACUUUGUGUGGAUAGAUCUAACCCUGAUAGCUGGAAGCCGUUAUUACUCAUCAUCCCACUGCGACUGGGGCUUAGCGAAAUCAAUCCAAUUUAUGUGGACGGCCUCAAGAAAUGUUUCGAGCUAGCAGGAAACUGUGGGAUGGUCGGCGGUCGACCCAAUCAAGCGCUCUACUUUAUCGGCUACGUAGCCGAUGAAGCCCUCUACCUAGAUCCACACACUGUUCAGCGGAGCGGUACGAUCGGUUCCAAGCGCGAUCCGGAUGAAAGGGAACUGGACGAAACGUUUCACCAAAAGUACGCCCGACGGAUCAACUUCAAAGGUAUGGAUCCAUCGCUGGCGUUGUGUUUCCUAUGUGCAACCAGAAAAGACUUUGACGAUCUGAUCCAACGCUUCAAAGAGGAUCUCAAUGGCGGCAGUUGUCAGCCAUUGUUCGAAGUGACUAAAACGCGACAAGCACCGUGGACGCCUACGACGACCUCAUCAACUUCCUCUAGGAAAAACAGUGAGCCGAACGAGACGUUCAACGAAAUUUCUGCCACAGAAAUUCAGAAUGAAGAAUUCGAAGAGGUGGAAACCCGACAGCUGGACGAGUCGGAUGAGGAGUUCGAAAUCAUCGCGUAACGGUUGGGAUAGAGUUAAGGCUUGUAUAAAAUAGGAUGGUUAGACUUUUACGACAUAAACGCAGGGGACGGUGUGUCUUGAUGACACCGGAAGGAGUAGAUUUUAGGUCGAAUCGAUGGAAAUGUAAAGUGCUUUAAAACAACGGAAACAGUAAAAAACGUCACAGCUUGGUUUUAGCAAAUGUUGAUAUAUGUACGCAGAAGUUUUUGUUAGUUUGGAUAAGUUUCCGUGGCUUUUGUUUUGGUUCCUUCAACUUUAACCUUCAUUUGCCUCGGUAUUACAGGACAACAAUUCAAUUCUCACUUUUGCACUUAUGUGCAAAGUUUGAAAAACAUAAUUAAUUUCGCACUAGCGUGAUUCUGACCUUCGAACCAUAUCCAAAUUUAUAGAUACGACGUAUUUAGUCACAUUUUUAUCAUAUUAAUUAACUAUACACAUAUUUUUAAUUGAUUGUAACUAAUUUGUACACAGCUAAAUUAAGCUAAUAAUGGUUUGUAGCGAAACGGAGAUAAAUAAACUUUUGUUCUAUUCACAAGCUUA